UGUCCAUCAGUGCCAGCAGUCAGUGCUCAUCAGUGCCACAUGCCAGUGCCCAUCAGUGCCACCCAUCAGUGCCAGUCAGUGCCACCUAUCAAUGCCAAUCAGUGCCAGUCAGUGCCGCCUAUCAGUGCCAGUCAGUGCUGCCUAUCAGUGCCAGUCAGUGCCGCCUAUCAGUGCCAGUCAGUGCUGCCUAUCAGUGCCACCUAUCAGUGUCAUGUAUCAGUGCUGCCUUUCAGUGCCCAUCAGUGAUGCCUGUCAAUGCCCAUCAGUGCA